AUGUCCACUUUUACAAUUCCGUGUGACCAUAGUCAGCAAUCCCUGUCUGUAAAUUCCACGCCUGAUCUCAACAAGGAUGAUCUACUGCGCUUGCCUGCUUUCCAGAUCUGGCUGUCUACCCUGCAACAAUCGUUAAAGCGGCAACAAGACCCCUCACACGAGUUCCACAAGGACCCUUAUGUCCUACGCAAGAUUGAUAUCCAGGCCGUUGAUUUUUUCAAGGGAGGGCGAUUGGGGUUCGUGAAAUUCAAAGCUGAUGUAUCGAACGGAGAUGGAGAGUCACUUCCUGGAAGCGUUUUUCUUCGUGGGGGCAGUGUAGGAAUGCUGCUUCUGCUCCAACCAGAUGACGUGCACCCCUCAAUGGAAGAUGAAAAGAGGGCGAUUUUGACCAUUCAGCCCCGCAUUCCUGCGGGUUCCCUUGCUUUUGCCGAAAUACCCGCCGGAAUGCUUGACGAUGCCGGUUCCUUCGCUGGAGGAGCAGCGAAGGAAAUACAAGAAGAAACUGGCUUGACAAUUCCUCAGGAUGAACUGAUCGAUAUGACCUCGCUUGCAUUGCAAUCAGUUGCAGGCCCCGAGGGCGUAGAGACACUGCAAAAGGCUAUAUAUCCAUCGGCUGGCGGAAGCGACGAGUUUAUUCCUUUAUUCUUGUGUCAGAAGCGGAUGCCGCGUAAGGAUAUUGAAAACCUACAGGGACGAUUGACCGGGUUACGUGAGGAAGGGGAGAAGAUCACACUAAAGUUAGUUCCUUUGAAGGAACUGUGGAAGGAGGGAUUACGGGAUGGAAAGACACUCGCAGCAUGGGCACUGUAUAAAGGACUCAAAGAGGAGGGGAAAUUAUAA